UACUCACUUCCUCUCCUCCUCCUCACACUCAAAAAUCAGGAUUUCUAGCUCUUCUAGACACUACCAAGUAGCUUUUUUGUAUCAAGUUAGAAGAGCUGUAGAACGGAUCAAAUUAACAAAUUGUUAGUAUGGAGGAGACUUUAGCAACAACUAACGUCGUGAGGUGUAAGAAAUCAUCAAUUCGGUGCCUGAAACUGAGCACAAAAACUUCACCUUCUGAGGGUGAUUUUGCAAAGGACUCUAUGAACAAUGAUGAACAACUAGGUGUGCACCUUGGGUGUGUUUCUUUGAAGGGGAGGAGGCCAGAGAUGGAGGACACUGUUCUAACCAUUCCAAACUUCAUGUCAGGGGCUGAUUUUUGUGGUGUCUAUGACGGUCACGGUGGGUCUCAGGUCGCCGACCACUGCCGCCGGCGGCUGCAUGCGGCAUUGCUCGAUGAAUUGAAGAAGGUGAUGGAGGAUACUGAAGCUAGGGCUUCAGGGUCCAUGGAUCCGAGCAGGUGGGAGUCACAGCAGGCAUGGGAAGAGGCAUCAACCAACUGCUUCAGCAAAGUUGACAGUGAAGUGAGAGCUCUUGGGGGAGUUGAAAUGGAGACUGUUGGAUCAACUGCUGUGGUUGCUGUGGUCUUCUCAUCUCACAUAGUUGUUGCAAACUGUGGGGACUCUAGGGCAGUCCUAUGCAGGGGCAGGAAGCCCAUGCCGCUCUCUCUGGACCAUAAACCUGAUAGAGAAGACGAAGCAACAAGGAUUGAGGAAGCAGGAGGGAGGAUCAUCCACUGGGACGGAGUUCGAGUUUGUGGGGUUCUUUCUAUGUCAAGAGCAAUUGGUGACGCAUAUUUGAAACCCUGGAUUAUUCCGGUGCCGGAAGUCACUGUCACCAAGCGAAGCGACGAUGAUGAGUGCCUCAUUCUUGCUAGUGAUGGAUUAUGGGAUGUGAUUACCAACGAUGAAGCUUGUGAAAUCGCUCGAAGAUGUCUCCGGCAAUGCCGUCGCCGGAAUGCCAGCGCUAGAAUGGGAGAAGGCCAGGAGGUCCCAGCGGCAAGAGUGGCAGCUCAGUACCUGACCACCCUUGCCCUCCACAGAGGCAGCAGGGAUAACAUCAGUGUUAUAGUAGUGGAUCUCAAGCCCAGCCCAACCAACAGCCAUGGAUGUAAUUGAUCAGUGACAAGUAGGAAGAUUAAAAGG